UGACGUGAAGCAUAAACACCACUUAAAAGUGUCAAAUAAUAUUGCCAGGUGACCCAAUUUCCCAGUGAGAAUUUCCCACUCAUGUUUCUAUAGAUCUCGAGGCGUCAGUUGCUGGUGUCGCAACCCGAAAUAUUCAGGGUUCCCAAACAUUAGGGCACUUUCACAGUAUCAAAUAAUUAUUAACACUUUCAGCCACUUUUCACGAACGAGCCAACAUACACAUUCAUAAUGUUGCAACUUCGAUUGAAUCACCAGAUUGCCGAUUCAAUUACUCGGAAUCGAUUUAACGAAAUGCGUGAAGCUGGGAUUUUGACGGAUAUGAAAUUAUCCAUUGGACUAGUAUUUUUCAAUUGUCAUAAGAUAGUCAUGUCUGGAGCUUCCCCUUUUCUCCGAGAAGUCAUCAAGACGACGUCAUCCUCAGGAAGUAAUGCAGUAGUGGUUGCACUGAACGCGGAGCAUUUGCCAUACAUGGACCAUUUGAUGAAAUUUUUGUAUCUUGGAGUGUUGGUGAUUGACCUCGAAUCAUUUUACGGUUUUUGUAAAUUAGCCGACACACUAGCAAUCAAGUUUCUCGUGGAUGGAGUUCAAAAUAAAAAUGCUACGGCUUCUAAUUCAUCCUUACCUCCUUCAACGAGACAAAAUUACGAAAGGAAAUACCACUCUCAAGUUAAGAUAACCUCUGCCGGAGCAGCUACUGGACCACAAAAAAAAUUGAAAAAGACGCCUAAGAUAAAGGAACGCACUAAAAACAAUGAGAAAAAGCAGAAGAAGCAAGUUGUUUCAAAUCGUAAUGCAGCACUCUCGACGAAGAAGAACACCACAGGGGAAAUGGCAAGACGACUAAAAAAUAAGGCAUUGCAUUUUUUGACUUCUUAUCAAGAAAGCCCAUCAGCCUUCAAGCACAUUGCUCGUCGUAAGAUGCGUCUCAUGAAAAAUGGUUCAAGUGCAAACAAUCCGAAGGUCGCUGAUCGGAAAAAUUGUAUUAAGGCACUACCAGCAGUUGACCAGGGUCAAAAUCCUGGUCCCGUUGCUGCUGUCAGACCUCGAAGGAAAGCGUACCGUGCUGCCGAAUUAAAUAUGAAAGUGGUAAUAGCACAUCUUAAACGGCCUGUUCGUAAGGAACAGGAAGACUGAUGCAUAUAAUUCCAAUACAAAAAUCAUCAUCCUAGCUAACGCCUGCAUGGGAUUUGAUGUAAAUUAUACAUGCACAUACAUGAAUCAUUAAUUUAGUUCACAUUUAUCUGCUUCUUGAAUUUCUGUUUUAAAAUAAAAGUUACACUUAUGUUUGUAGCAACCUCAAACUGUCAAACUAGCAGAACAAUGAAGUAGCGU